AUGACAAAAUGCUGCACUCUCUGCAACACGGCGCGUGGCGUGCUGGUGCGAUGCCAAGUGGACGCGACAGGGAAAUGGCAUUUUGUGUGUCCUGGGGCAUGCUGGAAGGCGGUUUCAGGAGGGGUCGAAGAUGCAAAGGGAUUGAAGGAUGAAUAUCCGUACUAUCGAUAUGGUGGCAUGUGGAAAGAUAGGAGUGCCGAUGGGCCGGUGAGCGCGAAGAAGCCGAAAAAGGUCAAGGAAAGACAACAGGCAGAAAUGGGGGUUGGACGGGAGAGGGGUGGUGCAGAGGGUGGGGAGGGGCUCGAUGGUGCAACAGAGGUUGCAGAAUGA